CGGCCAAAGCGCAUCGAGCCGCUUCUCGGGUGCGGGAACAUCAUUAAAAAAACGUCUCAUUCUCGAAAGUCAGUCCGAGCGCGCAAUCGAAGACGAACAUUCGAUUCGCCGGAAGAAAUUUGUAAUUCUCUCACGUCAGUGGUGUACGCUUUUAUCGGCGCGUUUUUCUUUUUAAGAUUACACAAUCCGGUUACUUGAGGUAAAUCGGAAGCGAAACGUCUUUAUAAUGAAGAAGAAUGUCGGAAGCUUUUGCAAGAAUUCGUCGUGAGUGAAAUUUGAAUGUGAAUGUUUUAAUGAAAAAGUGCAGUUUCCUCAUCAGCUGUUUAUCGGUUGUCAAAUAAAUUUAGAAGUAUUUUUCAAUGAACACGAUCGACAAGUUUGAGGAAGGAUUGUGCUUGGGAUUGGCAAUAGUUUUACAACAGUGCAAAUAAUAAAAGGUCAAACGCGCAGGUUUUCUUCUCGCGAGGUAGGGGGGAGAGAAGUUACAGUAUACCGGUAAGAUAAUGAUUCACGCGGUUUCAUUUUACUCGUACACACACUGGAAACGUACUCCGCUUCAAGUCGUUCGGUUGAUCAAUUAGAAUUGAAGGGGAAAAGAUUUUUGUGUUGGUUGACCAAUCAAACACUGUGUAAAAAGUUCAGGAUCCAAGUAGUGCGGAUAUGGUGGUUUUGGGAGGGCAAAGACGUGUAACGCGUAACGCGAUGUUUAAUUCGCGAUCAGUUCACUUGUCGAUCGUCGUUCGACCGGCAUGGUUUCGUCGAUUUCGUCUUUCUUAAAAUAUUCUCGUCGAGAAACGAAGUUCGCAGUUGCGCACAAUAACACGCGGAUCAUAGUGCGAUCGAUCAGAACGAUCGAUUUGGUUCGGGCGAGAGUCAAUCAAUUAUAUAUAAAGUGUAAACGAUGAAGAAGUUAAACAUGUUCAUCCUUUUGAAGAAAUACACGAUGCGACACGAUCGCGAUGCAACACCUUUGUUGAUGAAUAGAGCAGAAAACGGGGUGAAUUGUGCAUCAGACGGUGAUUCUCGAUGCUCUCGUAUCCAGUCUAAGAAGGGACGUGAAAAGUCUCCAACAGGACUGCUAAGCAGAUUUUAUUCUACGAUCCAAAUCUCACCAUUGAUUACGAAAACAUCUCACGAGGAUCUUCCGAUAAACAUGUCUCGAGCUCCUCUUAUAGCGCCUGAGAACAAUUUGCAAGCCGCGGAUCGUUGUAACGUUGUGAUGCUUGAGGCUGGAUUGCCCGGUGAUUCGUGGACAUAUUGUGUCGAGCGAGAACAACUGGCCAGAAGAUCAGAAUGGUUUCGGGCGAUGCUCACAGGUCCACUUGCACCACCAUCGACGAAUUCACCGCCGUUAUUGCAAUUGCAACACGUUGACAAGCGGGCGUUUCAUCACUUUCUCAGAUACCUUCACGACGAGCCCGUCAAUUUUAUAUCAGUGUCAACAGCUAGGGCUACACUCGACGCGGCUCAUCAGUAUCUUUGUCCGGGACUGGCGCAACUCGCCGUGGAAUACCUGCAGAAUCAUCUAACACCAUCGACAGUACUUGAGAUUUAUCAAGGUCUAGGACUCUAUGCGAACGAUCAGAGAGAAGGGGAAGAACGUUCCAGUUCGGACAGAUCAAACUCACCAACCGUACCAGUAUCGCCAGGAGACGAUGCCGGUGCAAUAGCCGCUGUGUGUACUGAUCUUUUGCUCAAGUGCCUGUCAGUGAUCGACUCGAAUCCGGCGACAGUGCUAAACCAGGAACGUUUUGAGGAACUCAGCAUCCAGGAAGUUGCCGAACUAGCGUAUCGCGAUACUCUAAAUCUUGGCAGCGAGUGCAUCUUAUUCUCCGCGUUAGACAGGUGGGCCGCGGCUGAAUGUAGAAGACAAGGUAUCGAACCUCUUCCAAUCAACAAAAGGCUCGUGCUUUCGGACGAUAUUUGCUUCAGUGUGCGAUAUCUUCUUAUGAACGAUCGGGAAUUCGUAAGUGGCCCUAUGGCGAGCGGCAUUCUGACUAACGAAGAAUGCGUGCAUAUCGUCUCCAAGAUACUAGGACAUCCCGAAAGCUCAAAAAAUGAUAGCCUUCGGAGUUCCACAGCUGUCCAUCCGUCCAGGUUGUCUAAUACACCCAGGAUCGGCACAUAUAAACGUGAUGAAGACUGCAAUAUGUUAAGACCGGGCAAAAAAGAACGACAGGAUAAUCGUAAAAACAGAAGAAAGGAAUGUGCCAGUCAAGGGCAAAGAACAUGCGCUCGGAUUGGAAACUGCCUUAUACAAAUCCUAGCUUGCAUGUUUGAUUAAAAAAUGCUCGAUCUUGAUUAAUCAUAAAACUUUCAAAUCUCCCACCGAAAAAAUAUUCUCUUAUCUUCUUAUAUUAAUUUUGUCUUUUCGGUUGCAAUCUCAGCUCGCGAAACUAAGAUAUGAGACAAUGAAAAUUAAAAGCGUCGCAGAAGUUCAAAAUAUAUUUGAUAAUCGUCUGAAAAAUUAGAUAUUUAUUUGAUAAUCGAAUUUAACAUCUAUCAAUCUAAAAGAUUGCCAGUAUAAUUGUAUAAUUCAAGUAAAGUUUAUGUUACAAGCGUUUUGUAAAAUCGGCAAAAAAGAGUAUCGUUAGUCUUUUAAAACAUUGAUUUUUUUUGUAGACCCAUAUUUUAUAAAAAAGAACCUAGGUUUUGUGUGAAAAGGUUGAAUUUAUAAAGAACCUAUAAUAUAUAUAAAUUUCGGGGAUUUAAACAUUUUUUAUUAUAACGUCAGAGCACUUCUUCGCAUAAAAAAAUGUUUUAUAGAUUUUCUUAUUAAUGUAAAUUUUGUUGGAUAUAGAAAGAGCGAUUUUUUAUCAUUAAAGGAAUUUUGUUAAGAAUUAACUAAAAAUAUUAUAAAAUCGUGCAAAUCACGUUACUUAGGCGAUAUUUUUAAAGCCGAUAGACUGAAAUAUAUCGAAAGAAAUGUUUUAUAAUGUUUUUAGAGGCAUAUUUAGAGAUCUCUGGCUAAUUUUUACUGAUAAGAUACUAUUUUAGAGGAAAAAAAUGAGAACUCGCAUGCAUGUAUGCUGAUUUGUUAAAAUUUUCUAUUUAUGUAAAAAUUUAGAAUUGUUACGUAUCACUUCCAUUUUAAUAUUAUAAAAAUAUUUUGUCGUUUACACGUAUUUUGUUAUCUUAGAAAAUAUUUAAUCUUCUCGCUUGCAGCUUUCGCAUAAGAUCUAUAUAUAUAUCUUAUAAGAAAAUGAAAAAUUUCAAGCUUUUAUUCAGUGAUCGAAAAGAAAAACUAUUUCUACAGAUAUAAAUUAUUAAUGAACCAAAUCUAAAAAAUCUAUCUUUUUUAUAAACAUCUUUCCUAAGUACUUUUUGUAAAUUUGACAUAUACGAAAGUAUGGGAGAAAAUAUUCGAAAUUGAUGUACGCCGCUGCAAACGUGUAACCUAUUGAGUAUAAUCAUGUCUUUGUUGUGUUCAUAAUUGUUGUUCAGAGUAUAUGAUCUUGAAAUUAUUUAUAAUGAUGUGUAUAUAGAACCAUGGCUGGUCCGUGAGAAUAAGUGAUGUAUAAGAAUAUAUAAUAUUAUCUUGUAAAUGGCGGAUCGAGAGUGGAUAUCCGCCAUUAAUUUUUGAAAAUUUAUUUUUCUUAUUUAUCGAGUAUAUACAUUUUUCUUGAAAUAUCCAUAUAUCUAUUUAUUUUAAUAAACAAAAAUUUAUUAUAAACAACAUUUUAAACAAAAACACAAACGUUUUUGAAAAAUUGAAUAUAUCACUAAAUAUAUAUUAUAAAAAUGAGAAAGAUUAUUGUUCUAUAUUGAUAAGAAUUAAUAAAUUUUUAUAGCUUUAUAUAAAAAACAUUGCGCAUUCUCACAAUAUACGUAUCGUUGCCAUUUAUGAUAUAUAUUUUUUAGUUGAGUUGUUUAACAUAUCUAUAAUGAAUCUUUUAUCAUACAUGCUUCAAUAGAGUUACAGACUGAUCAUACGAUAAUGCUUAUAUUUAAAACCUCUGUGAUUGUCGAGAAAAAAAUAGGGAACCGAUUGAAACAAAAUAACUGAAACUGUUUUAAAUAUAUGUUCCACAUUUAUGUUCUUACUUUAUCAGAUUUUCUCUAUUUAAAAUGCCGAUUAUUUUUUAUUUUUGUAAAUCUAAUGAAAAUGUCAUUAUAAAUCAAUGUAAGCACAAUUCCAUAGUGAGAAUAGUAGAAAAAAAAUUAUCAGCACUAGUCAUACUGAUUCUUUUUUUCCAAAUAAUUCAGUUACCAAAUACAUUAAUAAUUCCUUGCACAUGUUUUAGAAAUGAAUAUGUUUAACAAUGCAGAGAAAGUGAAAUAGAUAAAAUAGUGAAAUAUAGAUAGUAAUCCGUGUUGUGUUGUAGUUAUAAAUUUAUAUUUAUUAAUUUAGUAAAAAGUAUGUCGCCUCAACAAUAAAUUAUUGAAUGGAGCUCAAAAGAGUGCAAAGUAAAUAAAAUAUGUACAUCAAAAAGUCUUCUGUGUAUUAAUAAAACUAUUACUAAUUAAUUAUUAUUGUAAAAUGUAUUACAAUAAUUAUAUAGAUAGUGAUAGUUAACUUAAAUAAUAUCUUAAU